GAAAAACAUCUUUAAAUCAGAAGGGAGCAAUUGGAGGACCUGAAGAAAAUACCUUUAUUAUUAUUUUUUUAAAGAUAAUAUUUGAGAGUCAGAGGCAGGAAAAAAAUGCAAAAGUAGGGAGCAUGGUAUAGCCCACCAUUAAGAACUUGCAACAAAAAGGAAGGAAAUCGUAUAUAAGCUUUAAGGCUUAGUGAAAUUAAGUACAUUUUUGAAUCAAUCUCACAUAUUUUGGCUAUCCAAAUGCAUGGGAAGGUAAAACUCUUAAGUAUUUUUUUAGGGAGAGGGGAGACUCUUAAAAUAUCAAUAUGUUGAGACACAUAUGAGUCCUGAUUUAAUCUUCAGCCUGAUGAGAAAUUUGAGUUUCUCUUUCUUUUCUUCAUGAGCAGCAUAGCAGCAGCACCGGUAUGUUGUAGAUCGUCACCAAUAGGCCUGAUUAUCAGAGCAAUUUAUGCACCAACCAAAGAGUACAGAUGAUGACAAGCAGUGUGACAAGUUGGAAUUAGUUGUGGAAAGUGCCAGUAACUUGCAUUUGUUAAGGGUUUCUGGUUGUUGGUUGUUGUGUUUUGUAUUAGGGCAUUCCCAUAGCAACAGUGGCUUUUUAGCAAACAUUGCAAAUGUCUUCUAUUUUGUGUGCUGUUAAUACGUGUAAAUUAUUCUAUGUUCUAUAUGACAGAAGUGUUUCCUUUAUAAAUAAUUUACGUGGAGGAGAAAAGGAUAAUUGUAUCCACACAUCCAAGUACAACAUUCUUACCUUUUUGCCAAUUAAUUUAUUUGAACAGUUCCAAAGAGUGGCAAAUGCCUAUUUCCUUUUCCUUCUGAUUUUACAGCUGAUUCCAGAAAUCUCUUCCUUGACCUGGUUUACCACCAUGGUGCCUUUGGUCCUGGUGAUAAGUAUGACAGCUGUCAAAGAUGCCACAGAUGACUAUUUUCGCCAUAAGAGUGAUAAUCAAGUGAAUAAUCGGCUAUCUGAAGUGCUCAUCGACAGCAAACUGCAGAAUGAAAAAUGGAUGAAUGUCAAAGUGGGAGACAUCGUUAAAUUAGAAAAUAACCAGUUUGUUGCUGCUGAUCUGCUUCUCCUAUCAAGUAGUGAGCCACAUGGCCUCUGUUAUAUUGAAACUGCUGAGCUUGAUGGGGAAACGAACCUGAAAGUCCGCCAUGCGCUAUCAGUUACCUCAGAACUUGGAGCAGAUAUUAGCAGACUUGCAAAGUUUGAUGGGACUGUUGUCUGUGAGGCGCCUAACAACAAAUUAGAUAAAUUCACAGGAGUUCUCUCUUGGAAGGACAGCAAGCACUCCCUCAACAAUGAGAAGAUAAUCCUGAGGGGCUGCAUCCUGAGAAACACCAGCUGGUGUUUCGGAAUGGUUAUAUUUGCAGGUCCUGACACUAAAUUAAUGCAGAACAGUGGUAAGACAAAGUUUAAGAGGACAAGCAUUGAUAGACUGAUGAAUACUCUAGUACUAUGGAUUUUUGGGUUUCUGGUAUGCAUGGGAAUUAUUCUCGCAAUAGGAAAUUCAAUCUGGGAGAAUCAAGUGGGGGACCAAUUCAGAACUUUCCUCUUUUGGAAUGAAGGAGAGAAGAACUCUGUGUUCUCGGGAUUCUUAACAUUCUGGUCAUAUAUUAUUAUUCUCAAUACAGUUGUGCCCAUUUCGUUAUAUGUGAGUAUGGAAGUAAUUCGUCUGGGACACAGUUAUUUUAUAAACUGGGAUCGGAAGAUGUAUUACCCUGAAAAAGCAACACCUGCUGAAGCUCGGACGACCACUCUCAAUGAGGAACUGGGCCAGAUUGAAUACAUUUUCUCUGACAAAACAGGCACCCUCACUGAAAACAUCAUGACUUUUAAAAAAUGUUCUAUUAAUGGGAAAAUCUAUGGUGAAGCUGAUGAUGACAUGGGUCAGAAGACAGACAUGACUAAGAAAAAUGAACCUGUGGAUUUCGCAGUCAAUCCCCAAGCAGAUAGAACAUGUCAGUUCUCUGACCACCGUCUGAUGGAAUCCAUUAAACUGGGGGAUUCCAAAGUGUAUGAAUUUCUUAGGGUACUUGCCCUUUGCCACACCGUCAUGUCGGAGGAAAAUAGUGCAGGGCAGCUGAUUUACCAAGUUCAGUCACCUGAUGAAGGGGCUUUGGUGACUGCUGCAAGAAAUUUGGGGUUCAUUUUUAAGUCUCGAACCUCAGAGACAAUAACAAUAGAAGAAUUGGGAACACUGGUUACUUACCAACUUCUUGCCUUCUUGGACUUCAACAAUAUCAGAAAAAGGAUGUCUGUCAUAGUUAGAAACCCAGAAGGACAGAUAAAGCUUUAUUCCAAAGGAGCAGACACUAUUCUGUUUGAAAAACUUCAUCCAUCCAAUGAAGACCUUCUGACUUUGACGACAGACCAUCUCAGUGAAUUUGCAGGUGAAGGUCUUCGAACUUUGGCCAUCGCAUACAGAGAUCUGGAUGACAAGUACUUUAAAGAAUGGCAUAAGAUGCUUGAAGAUGCAAAUGCUCUUAUAGAUGAGAGAGAUGAACGGGUAGCUGGGCUAUAUGAAGAAAUUGAAAGGGAUUUGAUGCUACUAGGUGCUACUGCUGUAGAAGAUAAGUUACAAGAGGGUGUUAUUGAAACGGUUACAAAUUUAUCGCUAGCCAAUAUUAAGAUCUGGGUCCUAACAGGAGACAAACAAGAAACUGCCAUCAACAUUGGCUAUGCCUGCAACAUGCUGACUGAUGAUAUGAAUGAUGUGUUCAUUAUAUCAGGGAACACGGCAGUGGAAGUCAGAGAAGAACUCAGAAAAGCAAAGGAAAAUUUGUUUGAACAAAACAGAAGUUUUUCCAACGGCCAUGUAGUUUUUGAAAAACAGCAGCUGGAGUUGGACUCAGUUGUAGAAGAAACCGUAACAGGAGAUUAUGCCUUAAUCAUCAAUGGCCACAGUUUGGCCCAUGCCCUAGAAAGUGGUAUCAAGGGUGAUCUCCUAGAACUUGCCUGCAUGUGUAAGACUGUGGUUUGCUGCCGAGUCACCCCACUCCAGAAAGCCCAAGUAGUAGAGCUGGUGAAGAAGUACAGAAAUGCUGUCACUUUGGCCAUAGGUGAUGGAGCCAAUGAUGUCAGCAUGAUCAAAAGUGCUCACAUUGGUGUUGGCAUCAGCGGUCAGGAAGGAAUGCAGGCAGUCUUAGCCAGUGACUAUUCAUUCGCACAAUUUAGAUACCUCCAAAGGCUUCUCCUUGUUCAUGGAAGGUGGUCCUAUUUCCGAAUGUGCAAAUUCUUAUGCUAUUUUUUCUAUAAGAAUUUUGCAUUCACACUUGUGCAUUUCUGGUUUGGUUUCUUCUGCGGCUUCUCAGCCCAGACCGUUUACGACCCGUGGUUCAUUACCCUUUUUAACAUUGUUUACACAUCACUUCCUGUUUUAGCCAUGGGGAUUUUUGACCAGGAUGUGGGUGACCAGAACAGCAUGGACUAUCCCCAGCUCUAUGAACCUGGACAGCUCAAUCUGCUGUUUAACAAGCGUAAAUUUUUUAUCUGCGUGGCACAUGGCAUCUACACCUCAUUGGCCCUUUUCUUCAUACCCUAUGGAGCCUUUUACAAUGUGGCCGGAGAUGAUGGGCAGCACGUUGCUGACUACCAGUCUUUUGCAGUUACCAUGGCUACAUCGUUGGUCAUUGUGGUCAGUGUGCAGAUAGCCUUGGAUACCAGUUACUGGACAGUCAUUAAUCAUGUCUUCAUCUGGGGGAGCAUUGCCACUUAUUUCUCCAUUUUAUUUACAAUGCACAGUAAUGGCAUCUUUGGCAUCUUCCCAAACCAGUUUCCAUUUGUUGGAAAUGCACGACAUUCUUUGGCCCAGAAGUGCAUCUGGCUUGUUAUUCUCUUAACGACAGUGGCUUCUGUUAUGCCUGUGGUGGCAUUCAGAUUUUUGAAAGUGGAUUUAUGCCCAGCCCUGAGUGACCAGAUCCGUCGGAGGCAAAAAGCUCAAAAGAAGGCAAAGCCCUCACGUAGCCGAAGGCCUCAGACUCGCAGGUCAAGCUCAAGAAGAUCUGGAUAUGCUUUUGCUCACCAAGAGGGCUAUGGAGAGCUUAUCACAUCUGGAAAAAAUAUGCGAGCUAAAAAUCCACCCCCAACACCAGGGCUGGAAAAGACACUGUAUAAUAGCACUAGCUGGAUUGAAAAUUUAUGUAAGAAAACCACAGACACAGUGAGCAGCUUUAGCCUGGAUAAAACAGUGAAACUGUGAGUCAAGAUGAAUUUAAACCACAUAGCUACUUUUCACUUCAGCCGAAGCUGAAAUUCAGCUGGCUCCAGAGUUUGCGAUCAGGGGCUGAGGUGGGCAGAUUGCCUCAGUUCAAAUCUCUGGCAAACAACUGCCAGGGCCCACCAAAUAGGGGUGCACUCUCUGGGAAACCAGGCCAGAUGGUCACUGUCUAAUUUGUGAUUUGCUGGGCAAAGGCCUCACAAUACAAACAGAGGUUUUUCUUACCAACCUAGAUACCAACUGAACUGAACUUUAGAAUCUUAUUAAUGGAGAAAAAUUUGUAACUCUGCAUAUACAUUGAAUGGAUCUUCAAGUGGAUAAAACGAGUGCAAUCAAAAGGUAUACAUCUCAGCUGUGAAAAGCAUGCUGGUUGACAGAUAAGCAUGUAUAUGUGAGAUCAGCCUUUCCCAAAAUACAUUUUUAAGAUGUACAACGUGUACUAUGGUGCUUUCAGAUUAACAGCUGUUUGUGACUCUCAAGUCUGGAUAUCUACAUACCAUGUGUGUUCAGCCAGGACAAACACAUCACCUUCAUGCCCGUAGAAUAGAAAAACAUGUUGAUGUUCCUCCUUUUGUUUUUUUGUUUGUUUGUUUUUUUGUUUGUUUGGUUUUUUUUUUUACCGGUCUGAAGACAGAGUAGAUUGGAGCAUCUUUAUAGUGGGAUAAAAACUGCAAAUUUGGUCAAAUGUAUUCACAAACCCUCAGGGACAUGUUCAUGAAAUGUCCAAGAGGGGCUCUCUAGUAAGUAUUCCGGACACUUUUCUAUGACUUUUAUACCAUCCUCAGUAGUAACUUGCCCUGCAUCAUCCGGUGCCAUUAAUGAAACCAGCAUAGCAUUGGAAUUUCACACUUUAAUGAGAAUAUUCCAAAUAGUGUAUAGGCAAAUACUUUAAACACUUCCAAUUUUAAAAAGUUCAGACUUGAAACCAAACAAAUUAAUAAACAGUCUCUUCAAUUACUAUUUAAGUACUCAGGUUUAGGUCAUUCAGCGUUAGUCACUUUCGAUAUUCAGCUCUUGUGUUUAUAAUUGAAGCAUAUAUGUAAAGUUAGUUUUACAUAUAUGGAGAUGUUCCAGUCCAGACUUUGAAUCCAUAUGUGAGUUACCACUGUAGUUCCUGUAAAAGAAUUCAGGCAUAUUUGUGUUCAGACUCCAGCUUUAUUACUUCUUACCUCUAUAACCUUGGGCAGGAAAUGUGCCUCCUCUGAGACUCACUUUCUUCCUCUGCAAAUGAGGAUAUACUGCCUACCUCAUGUGGUUGUUUGGGGAUUAUCAGAGCACAAAUUCUUAAAUCAUUGAAAACAUAAUUUUCAUAUGAAUAGACUUCCACUUAACUCAUCAUCAGAAUAGCAGCAAUUUGAAGAGAAUGUGAAAUUGGAAUUUAACUAGUCAGUAGGAAAAGCCUUGGAAUGAGAUUGCAAAAUAAGAUAUAAAACUGGUUAGUGUGCUACAGAGAAAUAGAACUAUCGCCCUGGAGGUAAAUUUCUCUGUCAGAAAGUACAAAUAAAACAUCAUCAUGCUUUACCAAUUUUCUACAAGUCCAUCUCCAACUUUACCAGGUCCCUAAUCUGGUCUCUGUUGAAUUAUUAUUCAAAGUUGUCUUUCCCAAGAGAGUCAGAUGGCCCUUGGCUGGGUUUGAUGGAUAAUGGGCUAGCACACGAGAUGACACAAUCUUCCCCCACCCCCACCCACCUUUUUGUUGUUGUUGUUCAUAGUUUCCUAGUCCAGGAUAAUUUUUCCUGAAUAGGAUAAAAUAAGAUAAUGUGUAAAAGACCCUAAUCCAGUGUUUUGAUCAUAGUAAAUACUCAUAGAUAUUCCCUUUUCCCGACAUGCCUGCAUGGACUUACCCAGAUACUAGUUUUUGAUGUCAAACUUGUGAUUAGUUUCACUGUUUGCUCACUUUUUGUAACAUUUUUGAAAGAUUUGAAAACCUCCAGUAAAUGGUUUGGCGCUA